AAAGACGAUUUGGCUACCUUCUACAAAACAAGAUACAGUACAAUACCACUGUCACCGCUAGUCGAGGGACACGACACUCCCCUUGUAGAUUUUUACAUUUUGCCUGAAAUGUAUUUCAUUGAAAAGCAAAACAAAACGCCAGCUGGGGAAGAAACUAAAACGCCUGUCAAAUCGUUGUCGGAAGUAUUCCAGUCUGAAAACAGUUGUGAAAUAUAUUUAACCGCUGAUGCUGGAUUUGGAAAAACUGCAUUUUCAAAAUAUCUUGCUGUCACGUGGUGCCAGGUUCAUCGUCCCGAAAUGAAAUACAAAAAGUACUUCUCAGAAGAUUCGAUAACUGCCAUGCGUGAUUUUGAGUUUGUGUUUCUUGUGUUAUUACGGGAUUGUUCUGAUGAUUGCAGCAUUGAUGAUUUGAUAAUGAAUCAAAUUAUACAAAAUUUGUCACGGUUUCCUGAUAUGUCAAAAGAUGUUCUACGGGGAAUACUGCACCGAGAAAAAUCUUUGAUUAUUUUGGAUGGGCUAGAUGAGUGGAUUCAUCCUAAGAUUCAUCCUGAAAAGAAAUGUACAAAAGUGCCAAAAACAAUCCCUCAUCGUAAUGCUCGUGAAAAGUGUGUAAUCCUUACCACAACAAGACCUUGGAAAUUAGGUGUGUUAAAUCUUAAAAAUAGUGAAAUAGAUAAGAAAGUGGAACUAGUAAAACUAACCUCCGAGUCAGCACAGACAUUAGAGGAAAGAGCGAUUUCAAAAAUAAAGAAUCUUGAUGUUGCUGAAGCAAAAAUUCUGGCCAAACAAUUAAAUAAAAAAAUCAAAGAAAAUAAACUCGAGGAAAUGGAAUCCGUCCCCCUUCUUUCAAUGUAUCUCAUUAGUUUAUGGUGUGAAGAUAUUCCACUAGGACAGUCAAAAUGUGGACUUUAUGCAAGCAUUAUUGAACUCCUGCUGUCAAGAAGCUUAAGCAAACAUCCGGAAAUGGAACCAACGUGCCAACCCUCCCAGAGUGAUAUCCCACAAUGCUUCAGAGAUCAUGAACAUUGUAAUCAACAUUGCACAUAUCUGAAAACUUUAGGUAAACUAGCAUUUGAAACUUUAUUCAGUGAAACAAAGGAGAACACUCUUGUUUUUCACAAGUCAGUGGCGGAUAAGUAUCUCUCACCAAAUUAUUUGAAAUUAAGUCUUGACUCGGGAAUAUUAACACAGAGUACAGAAAAGACACUACUCAAACAAAUUUCGAAAGUUUCAUUUUCACACAAAACCAUCCAAGAGUUUUUUUGUGCAUUGUACAUUAGCUGUCAAAAUGAAAGUGAUGUCAAAAACAUUGUUCUAAACAAAUGCAAAAGUUUGCAAAGUAUUCUUGACAUGUCGACAGUGUUUGUUUUCAUCAGCGGAAUGGUGAAUGCAGAAAUCAUUACUUCAAUAUCACAGGAAUUUCUUUCUGUUAUCAGUGAAGAUAAGAUAACGAGCGAAUACAGAUCCACGGCUGAUUGGGACUGUAAACCUCUGGAAGACAUACAAGACAUGUACAUUUCUUGUAUGAAAGAAAACACGAGCGAUAAGGAACUCAAACUUUUCUGUCAAGAUUUUUUCUUUAGUGAAGAUUGUAAAGAAGUAAAAUACUUUUCUUAUUUACCACGGCUCGCGGUACACAAUAAAAAUAACAUGGCGUCAAUAAAUAUCAACACAGACCGUGGUCGUAGUUUACGUGAAAUUAUUGAUUCUUGUGAAUUGCACGAAGUGUUCCAGAUCAAUAAAAUAUACUACUGCGGUAAAGAAGAAAACGCACAGCUUCCUGUACUGUUGGACAAGUCUCCGAAAUGUGUCGCUGUUAGAUCGCCUGGUCUAUCUACUGGUUCUUGGAGCCGUGAAAUGUUGAAAACAUUACAGAAUAAUUCUCUGUUGCAAGCAAUUGAUAUCCAAGGUUUCGAGAUGAGCCACGAUGUACUGAGUGACUUUCUGAAUUAUAUUAUAAACAGAAAAAUAAUGACGGAGAUUAUAUUGUGGCAGUUAUACUGUACCGAACACGAGCAUUCGUGUACUUUCAGUUUAGAUUUUAGUCAGCAUUCAGAUCUAAGGAAGUUAGAAUUGUUCCAGAUACCUGAAGUGUCACAAUUGAAAGUUAAUAGUCAAGUGAAACACGUGAAGUUGUGGAGUAUCAAUCUAGGUGAAAUGUCGCUGCCUCCUGAAAUGGCGAAUAUUGAAAGUGUUUAUCUGGGGCUUGUAAACAUGUCUGCUUCAACAUUGCGUGAUCUCGUUAAGGUAGUGGAGAAACUUUCACACAAAGUCACAGUAACAAUACUCGGGUGUAAGAUAGAACCGGAAACAGAGUUUGAAGACGUUAAACAAUAUAUACGCUCAUCUCAGAAUUUCCGAGUUACGAAGGAUGAUAGCUGGUGCUUGGAGUUUGAAACAAAAGUUGAAAGUUAAGUUACUAAAUACACUUGGACUUAUAGUGUCAAUGUAUAUAGACAUUAUUCAUAAAACACAUAUCACACCUUUACACACAUACAUAUAACAUUUUUGUGACAUACAUAUGUGUACAUUAAUAAAAAUAGUGACAGUCGCGAGUGGAAAAUUAAUUGUUGGAGCCAAUUCGUAGGAAAAGAAGGACAUUCUUAUACAUGUAUUAAUAUACAAGUCCACCUUCAUAGAUGAAGAAGCUUUCUUUCUCCACAUUUAUUGAAAAUUGUCGCAAAUACCUUUGAACACAACUUAAGGACAGAACUACCUUCCGUUGAUAACCUUUGAGCACAACUUAAGGACAGAACUACCUUCCGUUGAUAACCUUUUAGCACAAUUUAAGGACAGAACUAUCUACCGCUGAUAGCCUUUGAGCACAAUUUAAAGACAGAACUACUUCAAGUGGCAACCUUUGAGCACAACUUAAGGACAGUUCUCACUCCUCCCGUUGGCAAGGUUUCAUACUAUAAAAUACAUGAUGUGAAAAGUUGUUACCGGCUAUUAGAAAUUUGCACACUUUGUAUUAUACCCAAACAUCUGCGGGAAAACUACAUAGAGUUACUAACUGCAAUCACCAUAUACAAACCAUUUUAUGUUAUUUCCAUUAGUUGGUAUAGAAUUUUCUCAUUUUUACAAAGUGAACAGAUCUCACGCUUUUGAAAUUUGCACAACAUCCAUAAUAAUGUUUCACAAAUAUUAUUUACAGUACAACCUCUCUAGAGCGGCCCUCUCUUAAGCAAAAACCUCUCUAUAACAACAUCAUCAAACUUUUCCUAAGCUGAAAUAUAUACUAUCAAAUUUACAUCUCCAGAACAACAACCUCUAAUAAACAGUCAAUGUUUGUAUCUUCCAAAGGGUAUUGCUCUACAGAGGUUGCACUGUACCUAAAUGUCUUUUAAGACCCUUUUCUACUAGGAAAGUUCUGUAAAGCUUAUUUAGAUAGUGAAACGCACAGUUGUUAGAAAACACUUGUUGAAAAGGGGUUUGAAUUGGCUUGAUUAUGACUUUAUUUGGUAUGCUUGUUAAAGUUUUUUCUAAGAUAGGUCUAAAAAUGGCCGUUUAAGAGUAUUUCGCUGUUACUAAUACAAUUUACUUUGUAUCACUGAGACAAGUUUAGACUUUGCAAUGAGAAAGUUCGCCUCUAUUUUUCAGUAAAAAUAGGCUGCGACCUUUAACUUUAUUUUUGUUUUGCAACAUGUGCAAACGAUGUGAUAAUAUUCAAAAUAUUGUCUUUCUUAUGAAAUGCUUUUUAUAAUGAUUUAAAAAAUGCGUUGUUUUUUUUUCGUUUAUAUACAACUAAAUGCUUACUAAAAUACGGAUAAUUUGCUGAAAAAAAUGUUUGAAAAGAAUAAAUAGAUUCUUAUUUGCCUUUGAAGCCCAUUGUCAACGACUUAGUAAUAUGUAUUCAUUUAGCUUUUUUCAUAUCAACUUCAGUUUUCUGGGUGAUGAAGAAAAUGGUAUUUUUAUGUGUUUUGUAGAUGAGUAUAGCUCUUUAUCAUAACGAAAAGACUCGGAACAUGUUCGUAUAUUUCCGCCAAUUCUUACGGAAUUUUAGUUCCUAGGCGGUAAAGGCUGAACCUUUUUUCACAAUCAAAAUUAUCAAACAAAGUAUUGUAAUAGCAAGCUUCUGUCUGAUCUUUAAAAAGUAUAAAUUAUUUUUGCAAAGUGAUAUACCGUUGUUACAGUAAUGUGUUUGUUGAAAAUACCGUUAUAAAGGCAUUUUGAUUAAACUACCAAAUAACAUAUAUUUUCCGAUUGGUUGACCAAUUUAUGUUCGCAAUCAUCUUUGCAACCACUGUCAAUUAGACUUUAUUUGUUUAGUCCAUAUGAUAAAAAAUGUCAAUAUAGUUUUAUUAUCUGUUUGCCACCAGCUGCAAAUAACGGAGCAAACCGAAAAUUGCCGAACAGUCUCGACAGCAGAUUGAUCUGGCCAAACUUAUUAACGGCUUUUGUGAUGAAUUUCACGAUGGGCCUUAUUUUUCCAUAUGAGCUCUAAGGUCAAGGGGUCACACUUAGAGUUAAACUGUGUAAGACCAAGCCCUGAUAUUAAAGGUCGAGGUCACACUUUGUGGUCAGAGUAAUUAUUUUUGAAUUGUUCAGUAAUUUUACUUUACGUGUAUAGAUAUCUAAGUAACUUAGCGCAAAAGUCAACAAUAAAUUGAUUUUUUUAGACUCAGGUGUGAUACAGAUAUCAACACUUAAAAGCAUUCGCCAAUUAUAUAGUUCUAGACAUUUUCGAUUUAGAUGCAUAUUAUGAUUUGAUAAUAUUAUAUUGUUCUGAUGCAAAAGUAGUGUUCAAUGACAUAUUUUAACUAUAUAGGCAAAAAUGUUCUUAUUUUAAGUGUGUUCCGUGUUAGCUAUUGUGGUCGCCCCCUGUGUCCGUUGUCAAUAAUUUAACUUUUAAACCUUAUGUAGCACACUUGUUCAGAAUGUUAGCCUCAAUAAAAUCGCGGGAAAGCAGAAUCAAAAGCUACAUUUUCUCCUUGAUCUUCAUAAAGCUCUAUCAGAGUGUUGCCUUGAUGAAAUAAUAAGGUCUCAAAGUAGGCCACUAUGUCAAUUGAUAGCAAAAUCUAUUUACACAACUGUUGGGGGAAAGCGAACGUAUUAUGUGAUGGCGCGUAAGUAUGCCUGUCUUUCCGUCAAAUUUAGUAGCAGAACUGAUUAACCAAUUACGGUACUGACAUGAAACGAUGUGCAGAGCACAAUAACUGGGCCAGUAGGUCAAAGUUCGAGGUUACAAAUCAAGUUCAUAUUACUCUCCCCGUCUCUCACACGCACAUUAUCCCCACCCCAAAAAUCGCUCAGUUUUUGCCGUAAUAUUCUAUCACCUCUGCCACACAAAACAUCACAGCCCGCCCCUUUCCCCGCCAUAUUUCAUUCCGCCUCCGACACACACUAAAAUAAAUCUUUAAAGUUUAAUUCUUCCUAGAAAUCAUAUACAUUGUAAUAUAAAACGAAUUUAAUCUAAAACAUAACUGAACACAGACCAAACGUUUGUUUCAGCCUAUCCUUAUAACAUGUUUUACUGUCAAGGAAAUGAAAGAUACUUAAGUUAGUUUACAUAAAAAUGUUAUGUACAUUGUGCAUAUUUAUUAUAUUACUAUAUACAGAUAAAUCAUUGUAUACUCGAUAAUUGAAUGUCACACGCUUUAUUGAAAAUGUAUUCUAAAUUGUUAAAGUGUGAAUCCAUUGUAAAUGCUGAUAGUGAUGAUGAUGAUGAUGAAAUAUGUAAUUAUAUAUAGAUAUUCGUUAAAUAUAUGUGUAAUUCUGAUGGAAUGCACCAUUUUAAUUUAGCUCACCUGUGCAACCUGAGCAAUGCUCAGGUGAGUUAUUGUGAGCGCUCGAUAUCCGGCGUCUGUCUGUCGACUGCCUGGGCGAUCUGGGGUUAAAAAACUAGGUCACCAAGUGAAAUCAAAGGGAAAGCUUGUUUACACUCUAGAGGUCACAAUUUUGGCCCAGUCUUAAUGAAACUUAGUCGGAAUGUUACCCUUAAUAAAAUUUUGGACAAUUCUGAUAUUGGGUCAUCUGGAUUUAAAAACUAGGUCACCAGGUCAAUUCAAAGAAAAAACUUGUUAACACUGUAGAGGUCACAUUUAUAACUGUAUAUUCAUGCAACUUGGUUAAAAUGUUAACCUUGAAGAUCUUUAGGUCAAGUUUGAAUCUGGGUCAGGUUGGAUCAAAAAUUAGGUCACCAGGUCAAAUUAAAGGAAAAGCUAGUUAACACUCUAUAAGCCAUAUUUUUGACCGUAUCUUAAAGACAGUUGGCCACAAUGUUAAUCUUGAUGAUCUUUAGUUCAGGUUUGAAUCUGGAUUGGGUAGGGUCAAAAGCAAGGCCACCGGGUCAGAUCAAAGGAAAAGCUUGUUAGCACUCUAGAGGCCACAUUUGUGACUUUAUCUUCAUUAAACUUGUUCAGAACGUAACCUUGAUGAUGUUCAGGUCAAGUUCAAAUCUGGGUCAGGUGGGGUCAAAAACUAGAUCACCAGGUUAAAUCAAAGGGAAAGCUAGUUAACAAUCUAGAAGUCACAGUUUUGACCAUAUCUUAAUGAAACUUGGUCAGAAUGUUAAUCGUGAAGAUAUUGAGGUCAGAUCUUCAAUCUGGGACAGGUGAGGUCAAAAACUAGGUCACAAGGUAAAAUCAAAAUUAAAGCUUGUUAACACUAGAGAUCUAAUUUGAAACUCACAGGAAUUAAUCAGAUUGUUCGUCUUGAUGGCCCCUAGGUCAGGUUCGAAUCUGGGUCAUGUGGUGUCAGAAACUGGGUCACCAGGUCAGAUCAAAGGUAAAGCUUGUUAACAAUAUCGAGGUCAAAUUUAUGACCAUAUCGUAAUGAAACUUGGUCAGAAUGUUAAUCUUGAGGAUCAGGCCAAGUUUGAAUCUGGGUCAUGUUGGGUGAAAAACAAGUGCACCAGGUCAAAUCAAAUGUAAAGCUAGUUAACUACUUAACACUCUUUAAGCCACAUUUAUGACUAUAUCUUCAUAAAACUUGGUCAGAAUGUUAAUUAUGACGAUCUUUAGGUCCACUGUAAAUCUGGGUCAAGUGAGUUAAAAUACUAAGUCAUCAGGCCAAAUCAAAAGUAAAGCUUAACACCCCAGAAGCCACAUUAAUGACUGUAUCUUCAUGAAACUUGGUCAUAAUGUUAAUCUUGUUUAGUUCAAAUCUGGGUAAUAUGGGGUCAAAAACUAGGUCAGUAGGUCUGACCUUGUCAAAUUAAUGGAAAAACUAGUAGGUGACACUCUAGAUUUAUGAGUAUAUCUUAAUGAAACUUGGUCGGAAUGUCAAUCUUGAUGAACUAUACAUGUAGAUCAAUAGGUUAGGUGAGCGAUACAGGGCCUUCGUGGCCCUCAUGUUCAAAAAGCUGUUACAUGCCUUCGUUUUGAUGCAUUUG